AGUAAGUGCAGCUCUCAGAAAUCGCUAAAUCAGAAGGUCUGACCCUGGAAAGCUCUCUGGCUUCCUUUUGCCAUGGCAUUGUACAACAUCACUCACCCUGCCUUCUUCCUUCUGACUGGGAUCCCUGGCCUGGAGAGCACUCAGCUCUGGCUAGCAGGACCCCUCUGUGUGAUGUACGCUGUGGCUCUCGGGGGCAACUCGGUGAUCCUGCAGGCUGUGAGAGCGGAGCCCAGCCUGCAUCAGCCCAUGUGCUACUUCCUGUCCAUGCUGUCUCUCAGUGACAUGGCCAUGUCCGUGGCCACACUGCCUACUGUGCUCAGAACCUUCUGCCUCAAUGCCCGCACCAUUGAUUUUCAUGCCUGCCUAAUCCAGAUGUUCCUCAUUCAUUCUUUCUCCAUGAUGGAGUCAGGCAUUCUGCUGGCCAUGAGCUUUGACCGCUAUGUGGCCAUUUGUGAUCCCUUGCGCUAUGCCACUGUGCUCACUAAUGAAGUCAUUGCUGGAAUGGGUUUAGCUGUGACUGCUCGGAGCUUCAUCAUCCUCUUUCCUCUUCCCUUUCUUUUCAAGAGGCUUCCUAUCUGCAGAUCCAAUGUCCUUUCCCACUCCUACUGCCUCCACCCAGACAUGAUGAAGCUGGCCUGUGCUGAUAUCACUAUCAACAGCAUCUAUGGAUUCUUUGUUCUUAUUUCCACGUUUGGCAUGGACUUGUUAUUUAUCUUCCUGUCCUAUGUGCUCAUUCUGCGCUCAGUCAUGGCCAUUGCCUCCCGUGAGGAACGCCUCAAAGCUCUCAACACAUGUGUGUCACAUAUCUUGGCUGUACUUGCAUUUUAUGUACCAAUGAUUGGAGUCUCCACAGUGCACCGCUUUGGGAAGCAUGCCCAACGCUACAUACAUGUCCUUUUGUCCAACAUCUACCUCUUUGUACCUCCUGUGCUCAACCCUCUCAUUUAUAGCGCCAAGACAAAAGAGAUCCGCCAAGCCAUCGUUCGCAUGUUUCACCGCAUCAAAAUGUGACUUUGAUAUUUGGUUUUAAAAUCUGAUGCUUAUUGUAGUCAUAGACU